UACCUCAAAUUAAAUCCAACCAUUAGAUUGAUGAUGAAGCAGAGGGCUGUGAUGAUGCACUUUUUCUGUGUUUCCUCUUUCUGGGCUACUAAAUUUGAGGUAUUUGUUUGACCCAAUCCGUAUCUUGGCGGGGCAACCCGGAAAAAGGCCCGGUUCUUGCAGCCAUGGCGGUUUCGGUACUCCGACUCUCUCUGGAAGCACAGAUCUGAGCCUUGAAGACUAUUCAUUCGUAAUCCGUCCUUCAAAAAAGGUCUCUUUGUUCUUUUGUAGUUCUAUUACACUAUGGCUACACAUGUUUGAUUCUGUCCAUUUUCUUUUCAUCCCACUGUUAUCAUGUCUAUUGUUUUUUUUGUAAUUUCUUCCCGUCUGGAUUUACCUUUUUUUUAAAUGUCAAAUAAAUCUUUUAAAAUGUAAUGUACAUAGACAAUUCAUCAUGUUUUUUUAAAUAAAUUGAGGAAGUGGAAAAUUAAAUAUGGAUAAACGAAAACAAGGAGGGAUAACUAAAUCAGGAGGGAGUAUUUUUUUGUUCAUCUCUGCUGAAAAUCUUUUGCAGUGGAGGGGGAGGAUUAUGUAUAUAUUCCUAAUUUUGAUGAAUUUUUUUAUUGAAAUGUUUUGGCUUGGUUCGUAGGAAGGUUGCUGGUGGCAGAAUGGUAUAUUUCUGUUUUUUUUCUGCCACCUUUUGGAACUAAAGUAGUAAAUCUUUUUCUGUAACAAGUACUAUAAUUUUUGUUGUUUUUAUUGUUGAUCCCCCGUGUUAUGACCUCCAUUUGUUUGUUUGGCCUUGUUUUAACAUUUUGGAUAAUUUUUUAACGAUGUUUAGAGGGUGUUUGUGAGUCGGUGAGUUCUUGAAAAAUUAGAAGUACUAAAUUAGAAGCAGAAAGUAAUUACUCCGAGCUUUGUGUGAAAAACACUUUUAUAGAACAAUUUCAAUUUCUACAGUCAUAAUCCAUAAUCUAAAGCUGAUUCGCAAACAAUUUGAGUUGUGUUUGUGUGAAGUAGAAACUCAAAAGCUAUUUUCAUACACACUCCCAAACACUUCCUUAUUAACUUUGAUAAUGCUAAAGUUAAACAAUUUUAUUAGAUAGCCUUUUCUAAACGCUAAAUCUUAGUGUUGAAGAAUUGAAGCUGUUGUAACGUGAACCCUUAAGCUCCUGAAUGUGUCCCUUCUGGACUCUACUAAUUUUAGGGUAUUUGGAGGGAUCUGAUCAGCAUAUGGCAGGGCAAUCUGGAAUGACCCAGUUAUUGCAGCCACAGCAGCUCAAGUGUCCCGUUGUGCAUUAUGAGGCUUUCUGUGAAAUCUCAAAGAGAAAUGAGUUUCAAGGGUGGUUGCUCCCUCUCUUUGGUUUUCUAUUUAGCCAAUGAUUAUCCUAAAGAACUUCGAUUAAGAAAUUCAAGUACUCAACAACCCUUGAGGAUGAUAUGAAUAUGAUGAUGAUGGUGAUGGAUGAUAUGAUAUGAUGAUGAUGCAACAACAAAACCUAGUAUAAUCCCUAACUCUCUUGGGGUACUGGCAAAACAUUAAGGUUGAGCCUCAUAAGAAAAUAGCACCAGGAGGCCAGAACCAAAUGAAAGAAGAAACAGAGCCCUUUCAUCUGAAUUGCCAAACAAAAACUCCCUUGUUAUGGUAUCUCUCCAUUUACCAAAUAUUAAUUAUUUUGGAGUUUAUUUCAUUUCUGGAGUGAAAAAAGAACACAGUAAAUUGAAGAUGAUAUGAUGUGUGUGGUGGAAAAUGAAAGGAAGUGGGUGUGCAUGUGAAUGCGGGAAAGUGAAAAGUAAUAAGAAAAAAAGAUGAAAGACUUAACUCAUAUGCUGAAUACGCUCAACAAAGCUCAAGCUUUUACUAGUUAUGAAUGAUCACUUAUUCAAUUAUACCUAUUAAAUUAUUUUGAAAGUGGUUUAUAGCAACUAGCUAAAUUUGCUAGCUGUUUGCUUUUCCAUGUUUUUGUUUACUAAAAACUAGCUGGAGCUUUGAAUUUGUUUCUGAAACUAGAACAUCAAAAUUGCUGUUGAGACAAUGGAUUGUUGUUAUUGUGACUAAUGAGGCUGUGAUGAUACUGGGCUCUACUGCUCAUUUGGGGCAUUAUGAGGAUGCAGUCCAUAUCAUGGCGGGGCAAUUUGGAAUGACUCUGUUAUUGCAGCCAUGGUAGGUUUGGUUUCUCAUUGCCUUGUAGAUACAUCGUUCUAUGCCUCAACAAGAGGGCUUUCUUUGAAACAUGUGUCAAAACUCCGUGUGUUGGACCUAAAGUGCUCCCUUCGUAAAAUUGAUGGUUCCUAUCCUCUAACCCCCUCGCUAAACCCCUCACCCACAGCUUGACCUGAACCCACCCCGCAAUUCUUUUAAUUUCAUCUCCCAAAUUUAUUUGACUUUGGGGUCAAAUAUGUUGACCCAAAAGUCACUAUUUGUAAUAACAAACUGUUUUCUUCCCAUUCUUGUACAUCUUUCCUUCGGCUUUGCAGGAAUUUUACUUUGAUUUUGUUACUAAAAGAGCAGAGCUCAGUUGAAACAAUGGAUUGUUAUUGUUGUGACUCUAAUGAGGCUGUGAUGAACUGAUGAUGCUAGUUCUACUAAUUUGCGGCAUUUUAUGGACACUUCUGUGUCAUGGCGGGGCAAUUCCAAAUAACUAGGUUAUAGCAGCCAUGGCUACUGGGGCUUCUCAUUGCUGAGUGGAGAUGUAGUUCUGAGCCUAAACAAGAGAACUAUUUAUAUACUCCGUUUAUGGAAAGUAAGAACUGUGAAAAAGGAGAUGAGAGUUUCUUGGAAGGGCAGUUGCCUCUCUCUUUUGCAAUGAUGUUUCAAUUUCCAUCCGAAUAGUGAAACAACCCUUUCACCUUUCUUUCCUCUAAAAAAGGAAGACAAACAAAUACUCUCUCCGUUC